ACGUACAUGUAAGUAGUCGCUACGGGGGAUUCGUAAAUAUACGUUAAACGAAAAAUUUAGUCUUUUGUACUGAAAACAAAACAGAGAAGGAAAUUGUAAUUGAAAUGCGUAUUACAAGUAUACUUUUGUAUAAGGUCCAUAGAAUUCCAUAUCGAUUUCGUGGGAAAUAUGGUAAAAUUAAAGAGCCAACUUUAAAGGAUAUCAUCGAGUUUAAACGAGAUCUUGAGAGAGAAGAAAGGAAUAUGUUACUACUUAGACAUCCUUAUCUUACUAUUGAACAAACGCAUGGUCAUAUGAAGGAACAAAAAGUACAAAAAUAUCUUGACAAAGUAAAUAAAUGGCGAGAAGAGACUAAUGAAAAAUUUAACAAAAAAGUAACUAUCAUGGAUCGGUUAAAUCAUUUAACAGUAGCCGAAGCCUGGGAUUAAUGUUUAUUAUAUAAACGCUUACAAUAGUUUUAAUUUUGAUAGAAAUAAACAAUCGUUGAAUAAGAUAAAAAUAUCAUGUAUAAUGUAAACAUUACAAAAGCUAAAUAUAGUAUU